AUGAUUGUGCAUGAGUUGGCUAAAAGAAAGACCAGCACUCCCUCAGAGGCUCCAGCUGAGUUGUGGCGUCCUGGUCCAAACUUGGCGGAGGCAAACCUUGGAGAAUGUGACAUAUGCAAGAAGGUCAUGGAGGCAGUCCGUGAUGUGAAGACCUUGCCGUGUAGGCACAGGUUCCAUUUCGACUGCAUAGAUGGCUUUCACAGGCGCAAGCUUCGUGAGCAAGGUGACGUGAAUCUCCCGUGCUUUACAUGCGGAGCCGCUUCGCACAAGUCCAUCGCCGCUGUUGUAGCAGAGCGCCAUCGACAGAAAGAGCAGGCCAUUGCGAGUCCAUGCAAACAAAAUCCGAAGGAGUGGUGA